AGCAGUAAGUGCACAAAGCCUGCUCCCGAAAUAGUGCCGCUUGCCACUCCGAAGAUGUGCAGAAUCACAAAAUGAAUUAGGGCUACUAACCGGGCUUGGGUUCUUUGCUGUUUAUCGUCAUUUUUGUAGCUUGGUAAAGAUAACAUGUUAGCUUCAUUGUUUAGAGUAGUCUUGCAAACACCUAUUUGAAAACUGGUGGAUAUUUUGGGAUUUUACUAGAACAAGCAGUUUAUGGAAUUAGACUUUGAGGAUCGGAGAGAAAAAUAAUUUCUCUUGAUUUAGCAAGAUUGAUCUGAAAGUUUACCAGCUUACCGGUCCAGUCUGUACCUUGUUAAACUCAUUCGUUCUCUGGAUCAAGGCUGUUCAGUAUAAGCCAUUUAAAUCCAUUAAGCCGUAAUUGAAGUAAGAUGAAGCCAGAACGAUCUGAUCAAUGUUUCAUGACGACAGAAACUUUCAGCAUGAACUAUACGGAGACCAGCUCAUGGGCAGAAUCAACGAUAGGUUUUACACCCGAGUCAGGAAGUGUUGUACCUGUGCCUUCCAAUGGGACCUCUUGUGAAAACUGGCGAGAGAUACAUCAUCUAGUUUUUCAUGUAGCAAAUAUUUGUUUUGCAGUUGGUUUGGUUAUUCCAACUACUCUUCACCUUCAUAUGAUACUUCUUAGAGCGAUGUUGACUCUAGGGUGUACCCUCUAUAUUGUAUGGGCCACUCUCUACCGAUGUGCCUUGGAUAUAAUGAUUUGGAAUUCUGUGUUCCUGGGUGUCAACGUUUUGCAUCUUUCGUAUCUUUUGUACAAGAAGAGACCGGUGAAGAUCGAGAGGGAGCUCAGUGGCAUGUACCGGCGGUUGUUUGAGCCACUCCGCGUGCCUCCAGAUUUGUUCAGAAGAUUAACGGGACAGUUUUGCAUGAUCCAGACCUUGAAGAAGGGCCAGACGUAUGCUGCAGAGGAUAAAACCUCAGUCGAUGACCGUCUGAGUAUUCUCCUGAAGGGAAGAAUGAAGGUCUCCUAUAGAGGACAUUUUCUGCAUAAUAUUUACCCCUGUGCCUUUAUAGAUUCUCCUGAAUUUAGAUCAACUGAGAUGCACAAAGGUGAAAAAUUCCAGGUCACCAUUAUUGCAGAUGAUAACUGCAGAUUUUUAUGCUGGUCAAGAGAAAGAUUAACUUACUUUCUGGAAUCAGAGCCUUUCCUGUAUGAAAUAUUUAAGUAUCUCAUAGGAAAAGACAUUACAAAUAAGCUGUAUUCAUUGAACGAUCCCACCUUAAAUGAUAAAAAAGCCAAAAAGUUGGAGCACCAGCUCAGUCUCUGCGCACAGAUCUCCAUGCUCGAGAUGAGGAACAGCAUCGCCAGCUCCAGCGACGGCGAGGACGGCUUGCACCAGUUCCUGCGGGGCUCCUCCAGCACGUCCUCCCUCUAUGUGUCUUCCCCACACCAGCGAGCUUCUGCCAAGAUGAAGCCUAUCCAGGAAGGCGUGGAAGACGACGAUGAGGUCUUUGAACCUGCGUCUCCAAAUACAUUUAAAGUGCAUCAGUUUCCUUGAUCAGCAUUCAAGUUACCAAGAGGGAAAUUGUCCUGAAGAAACUCUGAACAUACCAGCACUGUUUCAUGGCUUUUAGGCUCUGCUGCUUUCGUCCAUCCAGCCUGGCGGAGUCCGAGGGUCAGAGGUGGGACGGUUACUUCACCUGUCCUUUCGUUGGCCAGCUUUUUAUGUUUUACUGAGCCUUCUGGCUAAAUGUUUCUUUUUAAAGACAUUUUUACAGCAUUUUCUAGAUACAGUAGAUUAUUGUUUUAACUUUGAAAACAGAGUUCUGUCCAUGCGAAUGGCUUUUUAUUUAUUUUUCCAAGUGAUAGCUCAUUUUUCUCCACUGUGGCCAUUUAGAAUUGGGGUCUGUGUGACACUUUCUAUAAAAAUGUUAGUUAAAAUGGAGGCUGAGACAACGUUUAAAAAGCAGGAAAUCUUACACGUUGCUCGGUUGACUUCUUGGGCAAUUUUAGAGAAAGAUGUGAUUUAACUGGUUUUCUUUUGCCCCUGGUCAGGAGCAUUCCUCCGCCAGAUCGCUUUACUUAGUGGCACCAUGUAGAUAGUUUGAUAGUGACCGAACUCAUCCGAGUUUACUCGCCUUACCCCUUUAUUAUGUCGUUCCUCAGCUGGUCUGAAACCCGAAGCUGCCCCGAUAACAAAUGGAAACACUUCUGAGCUCAGAGUCACCUUUCAGCUACGCUCCGCUCCUGUGUGAUGUGGGGCCACGUCGGUCGCCCACACUCUUAGAUGCUUUCUCUUGCGAUAAGUGCCGUGGGGUCAGCUUCACCCCCGGUCUGAUUCUGUGGGCUCAGAUUUUCCCUUCCAAGGCAGAGGUGUCUGUUAAAGUGCACAAGGUACUCAGUGCCAGAGCUGUGGAUGUGAAGCCCGGGUCUCGCCGUGGGUGCCCAAUCUCAGUAUUGCAGGGAGGACCUUGAUUCCAGAAUUUUCUUUUCUAUGACCACAGAAGGGAGUUUUAGGAAACAGUGGUAUUUGCCUGGUGAGAAAUAAGAAUGUAAUUGCUUAAAUCAUGAGUCCAUCUCGUCAGUGUGGCAGUGGCCUGGGCUAGGCCACUUCAUUGAGUGCGGCCCGUCACUCAGCUGUUAGGCCUUGUCCUAGUUUGUUUAUAGUUUCAUUAAAUAGCUAAGAAAAGUUGCAGGUGGGAUUAUCUUCAGGUGAGCUGAGCCAAAGGAAACCUCCUUGGCAUGGGGUAACUUCUGUUAGAGAAGAAAAUAAGCCAGUCUAGGGUGACCUCCUCAUCCUCUGUCACCUUUUUAAAACCCUAAGUUACAUUUCUGUGCUAGGAAACUCAUGCAGACUGGUCAUCCAGCGUUGAUACCUUUACCAAACACUGAUUCAUUCACAUCUGAGUAAAAAGGCUGAUUCACUUUACUGCUGUAACUGCUCCUCAGUUUGCUGAGUGAGGGAUUGGUUUAGAGAGAUGAACACGGUGAGUGAGGUGCCCUUCGCUUUCCCAUUGGAAACCCCCCUGGCUGAGUUUCUGGACUGAAAGUGUAAGAGUGUUAGUUUGUUUUUCUUGAACCAUUAAACUCAGGCAGCCCACUGAGUUCACACAGGCAGAAAGCCAAUUUACAAAAUCACGCUAUCAUGUCAUUAGACAGCACUUGUCUCCCUGAGGAGAAGGUAAUUUUACAUUCUGCGUAGCCACAGUUUUAAUGUUCCUCGAGUCCGUGGGACCUUGGCGUUUGCUUACCCUGUCCCUUUCCCUGGCUCAUCAGACUUGGUCAGUGUUACACAGCUCAGGUCACUGCAGAUGAUCAGCCUGGUUGCAUUUGGAGGUUGGUUUCUUGCGUGCUUGGAACAAACCUGUUUUAAAAUCACUUUGCGAAAAGUAAGUUACCUAAAAUCAUUUACUGUUUCACUGAAAUGUGUGUGUAUCAGUGUCAUGGAUAAUGAAGAUUACAAUCUCAAGGUUAGGAAUCUUAAAAGAGCCACUUAGCCUGAAUGGGAAACAUGAAACCAUUUUUAAAUACACACCUCCAAGGAAGACAGUGCCACUGAGAGAAAAGAAACCACAGCCCACUGAGACGCCCGCCCACCUACACUUGCUUAUGAGGCAGCGAUGAGAAGUAUUUCAAGUGAGAGCUCUCCAUGGGGGACUUUAAACUCAUUUGUACAGCUGUAUCUUUGUAGAACACAUGAAUACACAGAUAAAAACACGUCUCCUGCCAAAGUCUCCAGUGAGACGCUGCCUGCGUUUUUUGGCAUUCACUUAGCUAUGUGAUGAGUGUACACGAAAGGUCUGCAAAAACUAUUCUAUAUAUAAUCCCACAUCUAGCUAACAUCAAGUUGGUUGUAUGACGUUAGGGUGCAGUAUUUAUAUUAGAGUGUGUGUUUAAAAUGCUUUGAAAGCCCUCAUAAAUUUUUGUAUUUACAAAAAGCAUAGAUACUGUAUACAUCCUCAAUGGUAUUUAUCAACACGGUAGUAAUGGGUGCUAUGUAAUUACUUUUCAGUGACCCUCCUUGGCUUUCUGGGACCUUUCCUGUGUGUCACACUAAUUUGGUCUCCUGUGCUUUGCUGCUUAGUGUGUGCACUUGAGACGCCACCACAGUACCUGCUUCUCCUGAGUGUCUGAAGCUUUACUUUCUUAUGACUUGGAGCUGCCAGUUUAUGCUCCCGAGGUCUUACUGUGCCCCACACACAGUCACUUGAGUACUUGGAAAGUAUUUGGGAGACACUGGUGUAAGCUACACACUGCCUGUUGCCAGUGCACCCCAGUAAAGAUUUCAUGCUCAGGUGUGGGGGCUCCCAGCCAGAUGUGUGGCGUGUGAGUCCACCCUACCUUCAGAGGUGAGAGCCCUCCAGGCCCAGGUGCAGCUCCAAAGACUCACUUUAAAAACCAAAUCCCUUUCCUUGGUCAUCUCUAAAGCUGCUUCGCAGGAAACUUGAGCCUGACCUGUCUUGGCUGUUUCUCCCUUCUCUUUCUUCCUGGCUCCCCAAACUCCUUUUCUAAUUAUUACUGAAUGGAUAAUUAAGUGCCACCUACUUAAUUCAGAAUGCCAAGGAUUUGUGGGACCUUGGGCGGGAAUGCAAGGCUCAGCACACUGCUCGCUGCCUCGGUCCUCCUCUUGGGACGAUGCUCUCACUGAUGGUAGCUGUAUUUUAUCACAAAACUCAAGCACCUGUGUGUGUGAGAUAGUGUAAGUGUCAUAUGUUUAAGAAACUUGCUUGUAAGUACCACUUAUAAGUUUUCUGUUAUGUCAGCCUAGCUUUAAAGUACAUGAGAAUUUUAUGAGUGUUUCAUAUAGAUACAUUACAGGAAACUUUCUAGGCAUCAUUUAUUUUGGUAACAUUUACUUUAUAGUAAAGAUCCAUUAUACCUGAAUAAAGCCUUACAGUUUAAAAUAUCUUCAUAUGUUGCCAUUUGAUCAAAUAAAUUUCUUACUCAGAAA